AUGGGCAAGAAAAGUAAGGCAAUCAAAUCGCCCGAAGAGCGAUACCUUGUGGUUCAGCAUCCAUGGGGGAUGCGAAAGCCGAGCACUGAGCGAGGGAAAGGUUCCGUGAACAAUCUCGAUGGCUGGUUCCGUAUUAUGCUACGGGACCUGGUUGAUGAAGAUCACUGCAGCAUUGUUGUAUAUAUGGUGAGGACGCAGGAUCAUGUAAUUGUUGAGAUUCCGGAAGGAAUCGACAUCCAGCCAUUAUUGGGCAUCCAUAGAUGGGCGAGCAUUCUAACCCCAAGUUAUGCUGCGCAUAACGUCGACAGAUUUUCAGUUAUCUAUGAAUAUAAUUACACUAAGUUCGAUCACCCAAAGAAAAGAGGAUGGUCAGAGUCGUUCCCCGACAGCCCACCCCUGCCCCCAAACUUCCCGAUCAACUCACCAUACCCUCCACCUAUACUUCAUGGAGCAAUGCCACCACAACCAUCCCUCGGAGCAUUGCCUCUGCCCGCUCCUCCAUCCCUGCCCCCACAACCAGUGCCUCGAACGCAGACAAGCCCAACCCCGGACCCACGCAGGAGAUUAUCCGCGGGCAGCUUGGCAAGGCAGGCUGAAUCAUCCCUGCCUAACUACCCGACACAUCGCGAUGCGGAGGAAUCUGUCCCUUCUGGCAGAGCCUCUUUCGAUCAUCUCGAUACGGGCAGAUCAGAUUCACGGCGAACGGAAAACUCUGAAGAAGUCAGGGUGAAGCAAGAGGAGCUUCAAGCGGCGGUGCAAGAAUACCAGGCCCGACAGACAAGGGAUUCUAGCACCCUCACCAAUCAUGACGGAGCACCACGAUCGCAAUCCAUUGUGAAGGAAGAACUGAAUGAUUUGGUGGCAGAGUAUCUCGCCCGGGUUAAACAGGAGGUCAAGCAGGAGGGAUGUGGAGACAGAUGGAUAAAGGAGGAAAACGACGAGGACGAGAGAUCGACCACUGCCGUGACUGGGGGGUCCGAAUCGAGGGAGCGCAAGCAUGAUAGACGCUCUGGCACAUUGUCUAUGUCGCCCUCGCGUUUUACAGAAGACAGCGAGUCUCAUGUGGUCAAGCAGGAAGAGAAGGACUUUUCGUGGCUAAAACAAGAGGAAGAAGACUUGACCGAGAGGUCGAGCAUGACCGCGUCCGUUGCGCCCGACCGCGGAUGGUUCAAGCGGGGGGGUCGUUACGAGGGAACGAUACCCAGGCAACCCAAGCGUCUGGCGGAAGUCCAGGAUCCCCGACUGCUCAAGCGAAUCAAAUCUGAGCCUCAGUAG